UCUGCUCUUCUCUAGUCAAUCACUCUGGUUUAAAUAUUGACAGAUUGACAUACGGGAAGAUCGUCAAUUCGUUGUUUACCUGGAGUCAGCAUUUAGUCAGCAUUAUCACGCAGAACACGCAGCUAUCUGCAGAAGCAUAUAUGUGCUUCUGCCAGCUAUUUAUACAUCGGUCAAAAGAAGAAACAAGGUUGUCUGGCGUGUGCGUCACUAAACAAUGCUAAACUGAAACAUUUCGUGCUUCAGUGACCAUCAGACAAACUAGACUGAAUUGAGUGAAACUCUGCUGCCAGGAUCAAAGGUUUAAUCAAAACGUUCUUCGUCUAUAAAACGUCGUCAGCUCAUGUUAAGAUAAUGUCCUCUGAUGGUAUCACUAUACGAGUGUGUACAGCAGACGAUAGCGAAACAAAGGAAUUGGAAAUCCAGUCCGACAUAUCCAGCAAUUUGGAGUCCCCUUUGGAGCGAAGGCCUUCCUUUUGUCUCAACGAAGAGCAGAGAAUGUCGAAGAGCUUCCAAGAGCGCAAGAGCGACGUUGACGGAGCCAUAGAGUGGAUCGUGAAAGAAAUAGUAAGUACCACCGAGUCAAAACAAGGCCAGUUAAUCCUUUGCUGUGGCCAGUCAAUUUGUAAAAUCUAAACACUUAAGUUAAUACGUUUCGUUUUACCUUAACUUUGGAACAAUUGCGUUUAGCUACUGUUCUGCGCUUGCGUUCAGAUAAGACGAAAUGUCUUGAUUUUAGAUUGUAGCUUUUACGGUGCGCACGGAAAUUCACUUGCAAAAAAUUGGACAAUUGCUCGGCAUGAUGCAAUUAGUUUGCUUUGUUUAUUAAAACGUAGACGCGGUCGCACUUAUGAUGUACUCUUGACUGUAUAAGACGAGCCCUCGGUUAGCAAACCCUUCUCUUCGGUUAGCAACUGAAAAAUAAUGCCGCAAAAUCGACGUAAAGGAAGCUUUUUUUACAACAUAGCACCAUCCUACGUGACUAAUAUGAAAGAAGUUUUUAUUUGAUAAACGCUCUUUCAAGAGCAACUUCAAACUCAGUGACAACAGCAGCCCCACUUAUUAGCAUUCGUACAUGAACUGGAAGCUACCAGGGGGAGCAGAUAAGUUGAUUCUCAGAACUAUUUUGCCUAUUUUGUCGGGAAAGGUAGAGAUUUUUCUGGUCAAUCCAAAGCUAAAAGUGGCUGUUUAUAACUACAAGUAAUGCCUCUGCAGGAAGACCGCGUGUGCGAUGUUGAUGCGUAAAUCCGGUUAUUUGUUUUUAAAAACCACACGGAGCGGAAGAGGAACCCUUCCCGAGAAUUUUGUAAUGCUAGCUAUCUUCAGAGAGGACUAUCUUGCCUAAAUCCCGAAAGAAUGGUCACAGCUCAACUCAAAUUAGAAAAAAGAAUAAAUUGGCUAAGUCACGUGCGUGAAUUCAAUUCAGCUUAUCAGUUUUACAACAACUUUGCUUUGUUCAGAGGAGAUGGGUAGGCUUCGGGUAGAUCAUCCUUAAACAUUCGAAACAGGUUCUAGAGGAAUUUUGUUUUCAGAGUGAUAGAAAAAGGGCAAUUUUUUAUCCCCGUUCUGUCCUGAAACUUUUGUGUUUUUCAGUAUUACGUAACUUGUUUUAGGAAACGUUUACGAUCGUUCUGGGUCAGCUAUUCCUGCUGCGUGUUAUAUGCCGGUGUGCGUGUCUAGGGUUGCAAAUACUACAACCCUGGAGCUAUGUGACUGAUAAAACGGGUGUAAAGAUGUGUAAAGUGCCAGCGCAGGGGUGCAAAGUGGCGCACGCAAUCUCACUUCUUUCGUAACAAAAGUCUCCUCUGCAUUUAAAAAAUUAUUACUUAAAAAAUAAAAUAAACUUUCCAGGGCUUGUUUACCUUUCGUUGUUUUUUUUCUUGCUUCAGCAUCUGAAAUAUUUCUAAGUCUGAAGUCCCGCCCUCUCUAUCAACUGCUGGGCUUCUGUGCGUGCAGCCUUAACACGGUUGCCAAUCGGCAGUUUCGCGGAACUUAACUGAGUCGGAAAUAACAAAGUUCAGCUAAUUGUUUUCAUUUAAAUGACUUGAUUUUUCAACCCUGGAAAGCUCCCAUUUGCUUUUGGAAAAGGACUUGGGAUAAUUCUAAUAUCAAGCAAUGAGCAUUCAUGCACGAGUAUAGUCUUGUAGUGCAAUAGUAUUUUUUGAGGGAUUUUACCACAGAUUAAGCACUUAGAAGCUUCUCGUGGAUUAUAAUAAAUAUUAUUACCAACAAAAUACGGCUUCAUAGUCUUCACUGCCCAAUAUCCCAGACAGAUUGGAUACAGCCGACUGACAAGCUAGAAAUCUAAAAGCAACUUGUGACUUAUUUAGUCCACAGAGCAACAACAAUAGAACCUUUUGUUGGAACACAGUGAUAAUUUAUACAGAAAAUACCAGUCCAUAGGCUUCAUUGGAGUUAAAAGACCAUUCCUCAUAGUCUGUUGCGUCCUCUACUUGAGCAAUUUUUGUUUGACCGUGAACAACAAACGAUUAAGAUUAUUAGAAUCUGCUUGGUUGAUCGAACAGAUACGGCCUUUUGUUGUGAAAGCGAAAACGCAACUCAUUCGCUGCUGAACAAAGAUUUCAGAGCAAAUUUUACAGCUGUAAGUUAAUUCGAUAUUGUCAGGAAGGAUAUUAUCCUUUAAUUUUUACGAACUGUUCAAUUAAGGAUUAAUUUGGAUAGUUUGAGAUGGGGCUUUCCUUUACUUAUGCUGUCGGCUCCCGAUAACUCGAACCUUUGAGGGAAAUUGAAAAAAGUUCGAGUUACCGAGAGCUCGAAGAAAACAGCCGGAAGUAAGGUAAAAAGAGUUUUUGACUAUACAGUGUACAUUUUACUGACAUUCAUUGUAGAAAUGUUAUGAGAAAAUUCAAAGAUACCUUUAGAUUAUAAAUCAGAACGUACCGUAACAAAACAGAGCGUGCAUUAUACUGUUUUGAGAAGUAAAGCUGUUUCACGUUUGAUUUGUGACAAACAACAUCAGCCUCAACCAAGAGAGAAUGAGAUCAUUCUCUCUUGCCUCAACUAAUAAACAAAAUGUCUACAACACGUCAAUGGGACUUCAAAAUCCAAUGUUUCGGACGCCAGUACACUGGUUUUUCCCGGCUUUUUAAGGGCUCAAAACAUGAUUCGAGUUAUGGAGGGUAAAAUUAUAUAGAAAUGAUCUGAGGGGAAACAAAAAUUACUUCGAGUUAGCGGAAGGUUUGAGUUUUCGAGGGUAAAAUAACAGUAAACGUAUGAAGGAAAUCCAGGGGGAAAUCGAUUUUAGUUCUAGUUAGUUAGCAAUGGUUCGAGUAAGUUAACCUGAGAUCAAGCCCAAUUUUAGCUGUUCUCAUACAUUCUCUCUAACAGUUCCCCGCAGGAAUGUAAUUUUCAAAGCGAAACGAAAAUAGAGCCUGAUCUCAGGUUACGAGUUAGUGGAAGUCAACUGAAAGUAGUUUCAUAACUUGGGGAGCCAGAAACGGAGCAGUUGAUUGGAAAUCAAACAAAUGGCGAACAAUUACAUAAAGCAGUUUUCAAGGUUAAACCAACAUGGCUCUUAUCAGUUACAAGCGUUUUUUUGUCUUUGUUUUUACUCCUACAGAAAUCUUUGCAACAGCAAGACCAGGAUCUAAUGAAACAGUUCGUCAAGCUGCGAGGCGUCCUCAACUCUAUCAAGGACCGACCAGAGGACCCACCGCAGUUUGAUCGUAAAAUAAGUCUUCCCGAGCACUACCAUUGGUCCCCUGUGUUUUUGGAUUAUUCCAUUACCGAAGAUUCUCCGACGACAUUCCACAGAGACGAGGUCUCUCCGGGACUAAGACGAAGAGCACACUCGGAUUUUGCGGGAACAGUAUCUCAUUAUCCUCUGUCUAAGCUGGUUUACGACGACGGCUUUGGCAGCGAGGAACGAUUUGAGAACUUUUUAAUAUGACGAAACGAAAAAAAGUAACUCAGAUUUUUCUUGGCUUUGUAAUAUACGCUACACAAACGAUAAAAGUGCCAUAAUGUUUCGUUAAUAGAACAUUGCUUAUGACGAACGAAAACAAAGGGGUUUCCUAAUUAGUAUAUAAUUACAAAAGUUUAUAGAUUAAAAAAGAUUCACUUCCGAUCUGUACAGCGACAUGGCUAGGAUUUAAAUAGAAGUAUUGUAAAGAAAUCACAUUUGCCGACGAAAAUAUACAACCAAAUAGAAUAUUGUCUUACACCACGCCCAUCUGCCCAUCUUCAUACAGUACUGGAGUAUGGCUAAGAGAUAAAACGUAUGCCGGGGCCACUUAUUUAAACCGACUUUAGCCAGUAUUUAACAAAACCGCGUUCUAAGCCAUUUACAGUUUGCCGAACGCUUUUAUGUAAAUACCGAUUAUCGUGAACGGUUUCAUAAAAGUAUAUGGCGUAGACAAGAAAAGCAUUUUUCUUGAAAACCCACUACGGAAGAGAUCUGGAGAUCCAAAGACUUCCUAAAUCGCGGUAUAAGUUAGACCUCGUUUAAAUAACCGACCCUGUAGGUAUUAAACUCACGUUUUUGUGAUUAGGAUAAACGAUUCUGGCAACCUGAAUCUCCAUUGCAUAUCGCCGGCGUUUUACUGCAAUGGGUCAGCCAUUAGUUAAGGCUAUUCGAGAUAUUUUGAAUAACCCUUUUCUGACCAGAUGACAGUUUUCCCUAACCUUCCACAUAGUCUGACUAGGGAGGGCGUGGCUUUCCCGUGCGGUCCAUUAUAGACAAUACACCCACCCCUUCCCAUCCACCUGGGCAUCUCAUAUUCAUUUCCAUAUUAGUGCAUUUAACCAUUCAUUUCCCAUUCAAGCAGAGAGUAAAAGAUCUGUUACUAAAAUAGAGGCAGUUGAUAAAAGUUGAAAUAAAAGAGUUUUAGUCAAGCCA